CUACUGCCUUUCUUCGCAGCAAAGCAAAAGCACAAAAACCAACACAGUGUUUUCGCACUCCCACAGAGAAAGUUGCCAAAUCUCUUCUCAUUCUUUACUUGCCAUCGGAGAAACCAAAAGCCAAAGCAAAAGCCAAAGCGAAAGCUUCCACCUCUUGCCCCACCUUAGCAACAAAGAAUCUGUGUGUGUGUGUGUGUGUGUGUGUCUUUAUAUAUAUAUGUGUAUAAUAAAUUUGAUAAUGAUUGUUGUUUACAAGGACUUUGAGAGUGAAAGAGAGAAGCAGAGAUUGCUGUUUUGGCUUCGAAGCGAAAAUGGCAAGUUCGAGCGGAAGCAAGAGCGAUGUUGGUCCAAAGAAAUCGUUGUCGAGGCGGGUGACGAUGGCUCAGACAAUGGCUGACCCCAACGCCGACGACAGCAGCGCCAUUGACAGUGAGCUUGUGCCGUCCUCGCUUGCGGCCAUCGCACCCAUCCUCCGUGUUGCUAAUGAGGUCGAGAAGGACAACCCUAGGGUUGCUUAUAUCUGUCGCUUCCAUGCAUUUGAGAAAGCUCAUAAGAUGGAUCCAAAAUCGGUUGGACGGGGGGUUCGCCAAUUUAAGACCUACCUGUUACAUAGACUUGAAAAGGAAGAAGAGGAGACAAAACAUAAGCUUACAAGAAAUGAUCCAAGAGAAAUCCAGAAAUAUUAUCAAAAUUUCUAUGAGAAAAACAUCAAGGAUAGCCAUUAUACAAAAACUCCGGAGGAGAUGGCUAAGAUUUAUCAGAUUGCAACGGUUUUGUAUGAUGUGCUGUUGACAGUUGUACCUGCUGAAAAAGUUGAUGAUGAGACAGCAAGGUAUGCCAAAGAAGUCGAGGAGAAAAAAAAACAGGGUGAACACUACAAUAUUCUUCCUUUAUAUGCUGUUGGGGUCAAACCGGCAAUUAUGAAACUUCCUGAGAUCAUAGCAGCUAUUCAUGCUCUGCGUAAUGUGGACAAUCUUCCUAUGCCAACAAUGCCUGAGGACAAGGAUAAAUCUGCCUUUGAUAUUCUUGAUUGGGUUUCUUCUGUUUUUGGGUUUCAGAGAGGAAAUGUGGCAAACCAGAGGGAGCACUUAAUAUUGCUACUUGCUAAUAUUGAUGUAAGAAACAAGCAUAAUGAAAGUUAUGUCCAGUUGGAUGGUGCCACUGUACAACAACUGAUGGAUAAAUUUUUCAAGAACUAUCGUUCAUGGUGUGACUAUUUGCACUGUAAAUCACAUAUUCGGAUUCCACGGGGUUAUGAUAGUCAACAACUAGAGCUUAUCUACAUUGGACUUUAUCUUCUUAUCUGGGGUGAAGCUUCAAAUGUUCGAUUUAUGCCUGAGUGCCUUUGUUAUAUUUUCCACAAUAUGGCAAACGAGAUUCAUGAGAUUUUAUUUAGCAAUGGCCAUCUUGUCACUGGAGGCACAUAUCAAACAGCACCACAUGGUGAAGAGUCAUUUUUGCGGGAUGUUAUAACCCCUAUUUAUGAGGUCAUGCUCAAGGAAGCUGGGAGAAACAAAGAGGGCAAAGCAAGUCAUUCAUCAUGGAGGAAUUAUGAUGAUUUAAAUGAAUAUUUCUGGUCCAAGAAAUGUUUUAAAUUGGGUUGGCCGAUGAACCGCAAAGCAGAUUUUUUUGUGAAUUCCGAUGAGAAACAACCUUCAAAUGUGGGACAAAAUCAGAGGACUACAGGGAAGAGGAAUCCUAAGACGAAUUUUGUUGAAGCCCGCACGUUUUGUCACCUUUAUAGAAGUUUUGACCGAUUGUGGAUAUUCUAUAUAUUGGCUUUCCAGGCUAUGUUAAUUGUUGCAUGGAGUGGAUCUCUUAGUAAUCUUUUUAAUGAGGAUGUCUCCAAAAAUGUGUUGAGCAUUUUCAUUACUUCUGCUUUUCUGAAUUUUUUGCAAGCUACUCUGGAUAUAAUCCUUAGUUGGUAUGCCUGGAGAAGCUUGGGAUUUAGUCAGAUACUUCGCUACCUCCUGAAAUUUGUAGUUGCAGCUUUUUGGCUUGUAGUCCUGCCAAUAGCUUAUUCCAAAUCUGUGCAGAAUCCAACAGGACUAGUGAAAUUCUUCAGUCAAUGGACGGGAGAUUGGCGGGCCCAGUCAUUUUAUAACUAUUGUGUUGCUAUAUAUUUGAUACCGAAUAUAUUGGCUGCCUUGCUAUUUUUACUUCCAUUUUUACGGAGAUUUUUGGAGCGUUCAAACUGGCAUAUUGUUGUUCUUAUGAUGUGGUGGGCUCAGCCGAAGCUGUAUGUUGGAAGAGGAAUGCAUGAAGGCAUGUUUGCACUUCUGAAGUAUACACUGUUUUGGAUCAUGCUGCUAAUAAGCAAGUUAGCUUUCAGUUACUAUGUGGAGAUAUUGCCGUUAGUUAAACCGACAAAGGUAAUCAUGGGGGUCAAAGUCACUAACUAUGAUUGGCACGAGUUUUUUCCGAAUGCAACUCGAAAUAUUGGUGUUGUUAUUGCUAUAUGGGCUCCAAUUGUCCUGGUUUAUUUCAUGGAUACACAAAUAUGGUAUGCUAUAUUCUCUACAAUUGUCGGUGGCAUUUAUGGAGCCUUCAGCCACCUGGGUGAGAUACGGACACUUGGAAUGUUACGGUCCAGAUUUGAUUCUGUCCAUUUAGCUUUCAGUGACUGUCUUGUGCCAUCAACAGAAGGGAAAAGCAAAAGGCAUCGCAUGCAGGCUGGUUCAUCAGAAAGAAAGAACAUUGCACAAUUUUCUCAGAUGUGGAAUGAAUUCAUAUUUUCUAUGCGGAUGGAGGACUUGAUCAGCGAUAGAGAAAGAGAUCUGCUGCUUGUACCAGAUUCAUCAAGUGAAGUCACUGUUGUCCAGUGGCCUCCUUUCUUGCUUGCUAGCAAGAUUCCUAUAGCAUUAGACAUGGCAAAAGACUUCAAGGAAAAGGAGGACACUGAGUUGAUUAAGAAGAUUAAGAAUGAUGAGUAUAUGUAUGCAGCAGUAAUUGAGUGCUAUGAGACAUUGAAGGAGAUAUUAAGCAGUCUUCUGCAGGAGGAAGGGGAUAAGAUGGUCAUUGACCUGAUAUGUGAUGAAGUAGAAGAUAGUAUCCGACAGACAAAGUUUCUCCGUCGAUUCCGGAUGAGUGGGAUGUCAUUGCUCAGUGAUAAAUUGGAGAAGUUUCUAAAAAAUUUGCUAGACGAAGAUGAAAAGAAAGCUGUUCAAAAAAGAAUUUUGGAAGAUGAAAAUAUCGACCUAGAAGAGAUACACAAAUCCCAAAUCAUCAAUGUACUCCAGGACAUUGUGGAGAUUAUCCUUAAGGAUAUUAUGAUUGAUGCGCAUGAUAUCCUGAAAAAAGAGCAGUUUUUUGAAAAGAUAGAUAUUGACCUCACAAAAAGCAGAAGUUGGAAGGAUAAGGUUCGUAGGCUUCAGUUGCUUUUGACUGAAAAGGAAUCUGCCAUAAAUGUGCCAAUGAAUCUGGAAGCUCGUCGCCGUAUGACUUUCUUUACGAACUCCUUAUUUAUGAAUAUGCCAAAAGCUCCAAAAGUACGUGACAUGCUCUCUUUUAGUGUCUUAACUCCAUAUUACAACGAAGAUGUUCUUUAUUCCGAGGAAGAACUUAAGAAGGAAAAUGAAGAUGGAAUUACAACUUUGUUUUACCUCCAGAAGAUCUAUCCUGAGGAAUGGGAAAACUUUGAAAGGCGCCUAAAAGCUGCAAAACAUGAAAAUUCUGAAAAAGACAAAACCGAAUUACGUCAGUGGGUAUCUUACAGAGGGCAGACACUCUCUAGAACAGUCAGAGGGAUGAUGUACUACAGGAAGGCUCUUGAAUUACAAUGCUUUCUGGACUAUGCUGAUGACAGGGAUAUUUUGAGCGGCUACCGGACCAGUGACAGCCAUAAGGAUCUCAGGGAAGGUUCACAAGCUUUGGCAGAUUUGAAGUUCACCUAUAUUGUUUCUUGUCAGCGCUAUGGUGCUCAGAAAAAAUCCAGUGAUGCCAGAGACAGAAGUUGUUACUCUAACAUUCUGAAUCUCAUGUUAGCGUAUCCAUCUUUACGUGUUGCUUAUAUCGAUGAGAGGGAGGAACCUGGAAAACCUGGGAAAAAUUAUUACUCUGUUCUUGUCAAGGGCGGGGAGAGGUUAGAUGAGGAAAUAUACCGUAUCAAGCUUCCAGGCCCGCCAACAGAGAUUGGUGAAGGGAAACCUGAAAAUCAAAAUCAUGCUAUUAUUUUCACUCGUGGAGAGGCUCUGCAGACCAUAGACAUGAAUCAGGAUAACUACCUUGAAGAAGCUUUCAAAAUGAGAAAUGUAUUGGAGGAACUUCUGAAAACUCAUCAUGGGCGGCGAAAACCAACAAUAUUGGGUCUAAGGGAGCAUAUUUUUACUGGAAGUGUUUCAUCACUCGCCUGGUUCAUGUCCAAUCAGGAGACAAGUUUUGUGACCAUUGGCCAACGAAUUUUGGCGAACCCUCUAAGGGUACGGUUCCAUUAUGGUCAUCCUGAUAUAUUUGAUAGAAUCUUUCACAUAACAAGAGGUGGCAUAAGCAAGGCUUCCAAAAUUAUUAACUUAAGCGAGGACAUAUUUUCAGGUUAUAAUUCGACUUUACGUGGAGGAUACGUAACGCAUCAUGAAUACAUACAAGUAGGCAAGGGGCGUGAUGUUGGAUUGAAUCAGAUAUCUCUUUUUGAGGCUAAAGUUGCAAAUGGAAAUGGAGAGCAGACACUUAGCCGUGAUGUUUAUCGGCUUGGACGCCGGUUUGAUUUCUAUAGAAUGUUGUCAUUCUAUUUUACGACAGUUGGUUUUUACUUUAGUAGCAUGGUUACUGUGCUUACUGUGUAUGUAUUCUUGUAUGGACGUUUAUAUUUGGUAUUGAGUGGGAUGGAAAAGCGAAUCUUGGAGGAUGCUGCCAUUCGUCAAAGCAAAGCCCUUGAAGAGGCUUUGGCAACUCAGUCUGUCUUUCAGCUGGGAUUGCUUCUGGUGCUGCCAAUGGUUAUGGAAAUUGGUCUGGAAAGAGGGUUUCGCACUGCCCUCGGUGAUUUUGUUAUUAUGCAGCUGCAGCUGGCCUCUGUAUUCUUUACAUUCCAGCUUGGAACAAAAGCGCACUAUUAUGGUAGAACAAUAUUGCAUGGGGGUUCCAAAUACCGAGCUACUGGCCGUGGAUUUGUUGUUUUCCAUGCAAAGUAUGCUGAUAACUACAGGAUGUACUCACGAAGUCAUUUUGUGAAAGGGUUAGAGAUGGCUAUCUUGUUGAUUAUUUAUGAAGUCUAUGGGAAAUCAUAUCGUAGUUCAAGUUUGUAUUUGUUCAUCACUUUCUCCAUGUGGUUCUUGGUUGCUUCCUGGUUGUUUGCUCCUUUUGUGUUCAACCCGUCUGGAUUCGACUGGCAGAAAACAGUGGAUGACUGGACAGAUUGGAGGAAGUGGAUGGGAAAUCGUGGUGGUAUUGGUAUCGCACCGGAUAAAAGUUGGGAAUCAUGGUGGGAUGGAGAACAGGCACACUUGAAAAACACAAAUAUAAGGGGAAGAGUGCUUGAGAUAAUCCUUGCAUGUCGCUUCUUCAUUUACCAAUACGGAAUUGUCUAUCACCUUGAUAUAGCUCAUGAGAGUAAAGAUUUUCUGGUUUAUGGACUUUCUUGGGUUGUCAUGGUAAUUGUUCUAGUAGUCUUAAAGUUGGUAUCGAUGGGCAGAAGAAGGUUUGGUACCGAUUUUCAGCUCAUGUUCAGGAUUCUCAAAGCACUUCUAUUUCUUGGCUUCAUAUCAGUCAUGACAGUUUUAUUUGUAGUAUGUGGCCUCACUGUAACGGACUUGUUUGCUGCCCUCCUUGCUUUCAUGCCCACAGGGUGGGCCCUUCUUCUACUUGGUCAAGCAUGUAGGCCAUGUUUGAAAGGGAUGGGAUUCGGAGUAUGGGAUUCAGUAAUGGAGCUGGGAAGAGCAUUCGAUUACAUAAUGGGAUUGGUAAUAUUCAUGCCGGUAGUCAUACUAUCAUGGUUCCCAUUUGUAUCUGAAUUCCAAACACGCCUGCUCUUCAAUCAAGCUUUCAGUAGAGGUCUCCAGAUUUCAAUGAUUCUUGCAGGAAAGAAAGACAAGACCAGCGCUCCCAGUUGAAACUUCUAACAUUUCACCACCUUUUUUCUUCUUUUUUUCUUCAAAGAAAGGAAAAUUCUUUAUCAUAUUGUUUUUGUAACCAUAAUUAGCAUCAGAUUCGUUAUUACUUAAAGGAUCCAUCAGAUAUGGUUAUCUAUCUAUUCUAUUAUAUAAAGGGAAAGCCCAUGGCGGUGUUGACACUUUC